AUGUAUCGGAAGUUGUCUAAGUUAGAACACUCGGAAAUAAAACAACUUCUUACAGAAGCUAAUAUAGAUGUUGCAAAGCAUUACGCAACAAACAAAAAGGCACUCGCUGACAUCCUCAAUGACUAUAAUGAUGCAAUAAGUUAUGAUAGAAUUCAUGAGUUCAUAAAGCCGCAACGCAGCAAGGACAAAGUCCAUGCAAUAGCAUUUCCUUUAAAUGACGUUGCUAUUGACUUAUAUCAUAGACGUUCAGUACCUCAUGAAGUAAGAAGAGAAAUGUUUGACAUAACAAAUGCAAACGUUGGUGAAACAAGAAGAAGAGACGACACACUGAAACAACAGAGAAGAGAGAUGUUUAAGAGCGCUAUAGAACAAGUUCGCAAAGCUAACGAUGUCAUUCGUUCCAUUGACGACAAACCAAAAGAAGGUGAGAGAUGGUGA